ACAGGAGCCCCUGUAACCAACCAGUCACCUCUAUAUUGGAUUUCACCGUUAAAAUAUUCCGGUAAAGCAGGCCGUGUUGGCGGAACUCGAGGUGUGUGUGGUAGCGAGAGCUGAACAGCGAGCUCGAGGGGAAGCUCCGCCAAAGCGGGCGGAGUCGGAAACGCGGAAAGCUCGAAGCCGUGCGCCUGAGAUCCGGAGGAGCUGCGCGCUGCGCUCGGGAGCUCUCAGCGGAGCUGCCGUGAUCCCUUGGCCUUUUCCACAUUGGAGCAUCGCCGCCUCUUGGUUAACUCUUUUCCCAAUUAAGCUCAAGCCAUCUGGAGAACACGUAUUCAGUGUAAUACCCCCUCUCCUCCCCUGCGCCAGGUUCUCCAGGCCCCAUCCCUUUCUUUUCCAAAACCGGACUCCCAAAACCAGAAAGCCGUCCUCUCCGGGAAUCUUUUGCUUUUAUAUCCUCUGAAAAUGGACGGUUUCGCCUGCAGUUUAGAUGACAGUAUCUCAGCAGCGAGCGUGUCGGACAUGCAGGACCGGCUGUCGUCUCUAGAACUGCGUGUGCAGCAGCAGGAAGAUGAGCUCACCGUGAUGAAGGCCGCGUUGGCCGAUGUUCUCCGACGCCUCGCGCAGUCCGAGGACAUGGCCACCAAGAAGCAACAGAACACAAAAGGUCAGACACCGCUGCGCGAGGCUUUCUCCAUGUCCUGUAUCGCUAACGGCGGCUCCAGCGGCCGCAAGUCUCACAGAGACAGCUCCACAGUGUCCGUAGCCAGGAAAGAGACGCUGUCCUCUGCAGCCAAAAGCGGUGUGGAGAAGAAAAAAGACAAGCCUCCGCUAGAGGAGAUCAAGGAGAAGGAAGAGCCACCACAAGCUAACGAUAAACCCCCUUCAACACCCAGCACACCACAGGCACCAUCCCCUUCCAGCCAACCCCCUUCCCCUCAUCCCCUCCAGCCUCAGAAGGCCACCCAUGAGAGCAAGGGGUCCUCCCCAGCCAAAAGGGGCCACAGUGCAAAGCGUGGUGGAGGAAUGGAGCGCUCUCAGAGCACCACAUGGGAGAGUGGCGAGGACAACAGGAACAAGCUGGUCAAAGCCGCCUCCACUUCCAAACUGCUGGCCAAAGUUGUGAAGAAUGCAGAGAAACACAGAGAUCCAGUUAUCAGCCAAGCUAAAAUGUCAACUCGUGAGAAAAACAGUCAAGAGGGCGAUUAUAUCAAAAUGUUCAUGCGAGGACGACCAAUCACCAUGUUCAUCCCAUCUGACAUCGUGAACUACGAUGACGUGCGAAUUGAGCUUCCUCCUGAGAGACUCAAACUAGAGUGGGUAUACGGCUAUAGAGGCCGAGACUGCAGGGCAAAUGUUUACUUGUUGCCCACAGGGGAGAUUGUCUACUUCAUCGCCUCAGUGGUCGUACUAUUCAACUAUGAAGAGCGGACACAGCGUCACUACUUAGGACACACUGACUGUGUGAAAUGUCUUGCUGUUCACCCGGAUAAGAUCCGCAUUGCCACAGGACAGAUCGCAGGAGUGGACAAGGAUGGCAGGCCGCUACAGCCUCAUGUGAGAGUUUGGGACUCCGUCACGCUGCAAACCCUGCAGAUCGUUGGCUUGGGCACCUUUGAAAGAGGAGUGGGGUCCCUUGCUUUUUCCAAAGCAGACUCAGGCAUCCACCUCAGCGUGGUUGACGACUCCAAUGAGCACAUGCUGACUGUGUGGGACUGGCAGAAGAAGUCCAAAAUUGCUGAGAUUAAGACUACUAAUGAGGUGGUCUUAGCGGUUGAGUUCCACCCAACAGACGCAAACACCAUCGUCACCUGUGGCAAGUCGCACAUCUUUUUCUGGACGUGGAGCGGCAACUCUCUGGCUCGCAAGCAGGGCAUCUUUGGGAAAUACGAAAAGCCCAAGUUUGUGCAAUGUCUGGCCUUCCUCAACAACGGAGACAUUCUGACCGGAGACUCGGGAGGUGUCCUGCUUAUCUGGACCCGCAGCACAGCAGAUCCGCCACCAGGAAAAGGACUUAAAGCAUUUCAGAUCAGCCGUCAGAUCAAGGCCCACGAUGGCAGUGUGUUUACACUGUGUCAGCUGAGGAACGGCACUCUACUGACCGGAGGAGGUAAAGACCACAAGAUCAUUCUGUGGGACCACGACCUCAACCCAGAGAGAGACAUUGAGGUUCCAGAUCAAUACGGAACCAUUCGAGCCGUUGCAGAGGGGAAGGGCGAGCAGUUCCUUGUGGGCACGUCACGCAACUUCAUCCUGAGGGGCACCUUUAACGAUGGCUUUCAGGUGGAGGUGCAGGGUCACACGGAUGAGCUGUGGGGUCUGGCUGCUCACCCAUUUAAAGACCUGUUCCUCACCUGUGCGCAGGACAGGCAGGUGUGUCUGUGGAGCUCAGUGGACCAUUCGCUGGAAUGGACCAGACUGCUGGACGAGCACGGUCACUGCGCAGACUUCCACCCUAGCGGAGCUGUGGUUGCCAUUGGCACUCAUUCAGGGAAGUGGUACGUUCUGGAUGCUGAGACUAGGGACCUGGUGGCCAUCCACACAGAUGGCAAUGAGCAGCUGUCAGUGAUGCGCUACACUGUGGAUGGUACACUGCUGGCAGUGGGAUCACAUGAUAACUUCAUUUACCUCUACACAGUGUCGGAUAAUGGACGCAAGUACAGCAGAUACGGGAAAUGCUCUGGACAUUCCAGCUACAUUACGCAUCUUGACUGGUCCCCCGACAACAAGUUCAUUAUGUCCAACUCAGGAGACUAUGAAAUCCUCUACUGGGACAUUCCAAAUGGCUGUAAGCUGAUUCGUAACCGCUCUGAUUGUAAGGAUAUCGACUGGGCCACGUACACUUGUGUGCUGGGAUUCCAUGUCUUCGGAGUGUGGCCGGAGGGUUCAGACGGAACAGAUAUCAACGCUCUGGUCAGAUCUCACAACAGGAAAGUCAUCGCUCUAGCAGAUGAUUUCUGCAAGGUGCAUCUGUUCCAGUACCCCUGCUCCAGACCUAAGGCCCCAAGUCAUAAGUACAGUGCCCACAGCAGUCACGUGACCAACGUUAGCUUCAUGCACAACGACAGACACCUGGUGUCGACAGGUGGCAAGGACACCAGCAUCAUGCAGUGGCGCUGCGUGGGCAUGAGCGAUCCCCUGCACAACUCAAGCACAAGAGUCCAGGCCCCUGUGGCUGUUGUACCCACCUCUUUGUCUAUCACCAAAAUGGAACCGGACACCAAUACGCCACCCCCAACCCCCACCGAGCCCCUGGAUGGCACCCCUAACGGACAGCAAGAUGACCAUGAAACUCCACCUCCCCCAGAUGAGCCCACUCCCACUUCCGAUAGCACCGUGAGCCCAAAGGACAGUCUGGAACCAAGUGAUGACACAGCCACGCCAAGUGAUGAGGGCGCACCCUUCACUCCACCCUCUUAAACCUGUGGCUGAGGUGAUUAGCCCUCGCCUCCGUUCGAGUGCUCCACCCACAGGCACUAGGUUUGCUGUGAAGGUUCUAGCGCAUGCACAGGGCCUCCUUAAAGUUUUAAUCUUUUCAGGUUCUUUCUACCUUUCUUUCAACAUGUGUUUGUAUGUCGUUAGUCCAAGAGGGAGAAAAGAGGCAAAAAUGAAUGAAGUAUCGCUGUUGUGUUGCCCAUGAGGAAUCAUGCUUCGAGUACAUAGAUAAAUGCUGUUUGAAAUAUGGAAACGGACACUUGCAUGCCUGGAUACACUGAUACAUACAAACACUACAGCAAACAUGAGGCUUACUCCAACACACACGAGGGCACAUACGAGAAACAUAGUUAUGACAAGGGUUUAGUAGAUCAUUGUAUGAACGUUAAGAUGAUAAAUAUCAGCCAGUAUAAUGCAAAAUAUAACUGAAAUUAGUGAAAUUUAAUAUAGGCUUAUGUUAAGACUUUUAAACUAAUCAUUUACUCUGUUUUGUGAAUAAUGAGGAGUUUCAAAACCAUUUUUUUUGUGUGUGUGUGAAAUGCCUGCAUAGCAUCUUUACCUGAGCCAAGAAUAUUUUGAAAAUGCCAGGCAGGUAACACUGACUCAUUGAAUGGACUUAACUCACCCACUGGCUUCUUCUUCUACAAAUUUUAAGCAUGGCAUGAAGCUAAUAAUAAACAUUCAUGAUCGACUAGGUAUAUUAUCAAAAUAUUAUCAUACACACACACACAGACACACACACACACACACACACACACAGUUUUUCUGAGGCAGUUUGUCCAAAGCCAUUUUCUUCUGGACAUUUUCUCCUGUGUCUCUGAAGCUCUGCCCAGCACAGCGUAUGCAGAUCAGAUCAGCAGGCUGUCUGAAUGUCUUCAACAUGGAUCGUCUUGCAGUCAUCAGUAUUUCCUCUGACAGACUUAACCUAAACGCCUCAUACUCAACCGGCGCUUUUUUAUUAGCCUGUAUUCUAAAUGCUGUUCUCUUUCCAUUCAAGUUGCUUUAGAUUCAUUUUCCGACUGUUUUUUUUUUUUUUUUUUUUUUUUUUGCUUCAUUGUGUUCAUUGGACUGAUUUUUUUUUUUUUAUCUUGAAAGUAGAUUAAAUGAGUCUUAAAUGUGUGUGAUUGCGUGUGUAUGAGAUCAUGUGCAGAUGUAUUGCUGAUGGUAGUUGGGGGUUUUUUUGUGUGUUUUUUUGCAUCUUUCAUUCCACAGGUGUUGGUGCACCUUCCUUUCCUCCCUCCCACGGAAACUCAGGAUCACUUAUUUAGGUCACCUUCCUAGUAAAGAGCGUGGGAGUGAGAUCUGUGCUUGUUCUCCUUUCUUUUGCUCAGAGCGCUUCUUUCACCACUUCAGUAAUGCAUUGUGGCAAAGAUACUGGGCUAAAGGAUAACAUAUUGAACCGAGUUUUGUAUUUUAAACAUGAGCUGCAACACAGCAGAGCCAGUCUGCAGUAACACUGUGGCUGUUCACACUCACUGUUGGAGUUUUUUUGUUCCCAGUUACAGAGAUGUGCUGUUUACAAAUUCUAAAGAGUGAUGCACCAAAUCCUAACAGAGGAUGCCUCCAACUUUUUGAGCAUAAGCCUGUGAUUCUGAAUCUAGACCUGUUUUCAACAUGCACUCAUCACCUUCCCUUUGUUAUUUAUUUAGACCAUGCAAAUUGCUAUGGUGCUUCAGCUGUGUUUGACUGUUUUUGAAGGAAACAAAUAGGAUUGCUCAUUCCAGCUCACUCUUAUAACAUCCUGCUCACUCUUAUAACCUCCUGCACACCCUCCUAACCUCCUGCACACCCUCCUAACCUCCUGCACACCCUCAUAACCUUCUGCACACCCUCAUAACCUCCUGCUCACGCUUAUAACAUCCUGCUCACCCUUAUAACCUACUCACCCUCAUAACCUCCUGCUCACUCUUAUAACCCCCUACUCACUCUUAUAACCUCCUGCACACCCUUAUAACCUCCUGCACACCAUUAUAACCUGCACACCUUUAUAACCUCCUGCUCACUCUUGUAACCUCCUUCUCACCCUUAUAACCUCCUGCACACCCUUAUAACCUCCUGCUCACCCUUAAAACCUCCUGCUCACCCUUAUAAUCUCCUGCUCACUCCUGCACACUCUUAUAACAUUUUACUCCUGCUCAUUGCUAUAACCUUCUGCUCACUUUUAAAACAUCUUGUUCAGCUAUAACCUCCUACUGUUUUUUGCUUCUUGUUAAAUCAUAUUCCCCACUUCUGCUCCAUAUGAUAACAUACUGCUCACUAUAGCCUUGUAUCACUGCUGGUCCCUGUCAUAACCUCCUGCUCACUGGUAUAACAUCUUAUUAAUUCUUGCUUCCUGUUGUAACCCUUGCCCACUUCUACUCCCUGUUAUAACCUCCUGCUCACUGUUAUACCCUGCAUUAUUCAUGAUAUAGUUAAUAUGCAUUCAUGUGAAAGGAAGAUGAUAAGUGUGUGUUGAAAACAUUAAUUAAAUACAGGCCUAAACUUUUUCACAAUACAAUACAGGUCGUCACUUUUCAAAAAUAUUUAUCAAAAAAGCAACCUGGUCUCACGUGUGUUGCUGGCGACAUCUUCUGUACACUUGCAGCAUUACAAGGUAUUGAAAAGGAUGGAUGAAAGUUUUAGUAUUGGCAGUUAAGAAUGAGUAUGUAUAAAGGCAUGAGGUCUGGUGGUAAUGCAUGAUUUCUUUUUAAACUGUAGGAAUAAUGAAGGUUUUAGGGAGUAUUAAGAAGAAUAGAUCAAAUACAUAUGCGGAGUCAUGGGGGUUUUAUAAAGAUUUUGGUAUGUGAAUGAUGAACUUAUGCUGUGUUUUUAUGGUUGUUUUUUUUGUUGAUGUCUUUUUUUUUUUUUUACAUGGAAGCAUUCAGUAUAAAAAAAAAGUUCUGAGUGUAUUUUUAUACUGGUCUAGUUGUAGGUAGUGUGCAUGUUCAGGAAAGCCAUUUUGGCAUUAGAAGUGUUUAGUAGAUGGAAUGUUAUGAUGUAAUAUGCCUACCAAGUCGUGCAGUGUGGUGUAUUGCUGCAGCAGUGCUGUUACUACAGCCUCUCAUCUCCAGCUGGUCUGCAGUUUUUCUAACCCUUUGGUUUAUAAGGUUUUUUUGGAAUUGCUACCAUUUUUUAAUGAUAGUUUUUGGUGUUUUCAGAGAAUGCCUCUGUUUGAUUUCUAUAGACCGAUUUGAACCUGCUUUUGCUGUAAUACUUAGCUUUAGUGCAAAACGGCACUGUUCCUUUGCUCAGGGUCAGACCUGGUCACCUUCCUCUCCUACGUUUGCCUCUGUGUUGAUCACCUCCUUAACAUUACAGCAAACUUCCACACAUAACAUGCCCUUGGUCUUUGUGACCGGGUGAGCUUCAGGCUAAGUUCAGGGAUUUCACAGGCUACCAUUUCCAGACACCAUUUGUACAUUCACAUGUGGAUACUAUGUGUAUAUAAUAGUUCCUCUGUAUGUAUAUAACUCGGUGAGAAUGCAUCCUGUACAAUAACUUGGCCAUGUUCAUCAAGAAAAGCCUUUUGGACAGUUCUGCAAUCGCUGGUGCUGCAGGACCGAACUGAAGACCUAGCUGAUAAGAAAUCAGGACAAGAUCUUGAAUAUGCAGCAAGAAAGCAGCUUUUAUGUAAAGGGGAUGUUCUUCUUGGACAUGUUGAUUUACUUGGAAAUUCUUUGGAUACAUUUUGCCUCUAGGACCCUUACUUGUGAAACUGACUUAUAAUUUUUGCAUCCAGUGAAGGUGACAUUCAGAACACUGUUACCUGACAUUGGUGUCUAAAUAAAGGGCCUCAUUAGGAAUGUUUCUUGAAUGUCACGAGUGGCCUUGCAAUGUGUCUUCUUUGGGAGAGUGUGGAAUAUGGUAUUGGUAAAUAUAUUGUAUUUUUUUGGUUUUUGAAGAGGUGGUUUGUUUGAUAACAGCGGGUGUGAUAAUUAGACGUACUUUUUAUAUAAUUGAAAUAGUACUGUGGAUAAAUGCAUAAACUUUUAUUGGGAAGGCCAGAUCUAUGUCUGACAUUCAGUAAUCAGACUGGGUUUUUUUUUUUUUUCCCCCCCCAGUUGUCUGUAUUUCUGGAGUGUUUCUACAGACGUUUACCAUAUCCGUUCCUGCAUGAAAUGGCCUUGUAUUUUUUUAAUGGGGAGAGGAAGAAGUAAAGAGUGAGACAAUGCAAAACUGGAGUGGAAAAUUAAAACUCUUCUGGAAAGGUCUGGAUCCCCAGCUAGUGGCUCUUUCCACAUUAGGAACCUUGGAAUCAAAUUCCCAGAAUGCUUUCCCAGUUGCCAGUUUGCUUGAUCAGAUCCUCAUUGGAAAAGAGGGUGGGAAAGGAGCCGGUUUUCAUAUAAAAGCUUUGUGACAAACAUGAUGAAGUUGGUUGCAGCAAUGAUAAUGAAAAUUAUGUCAACAGAUAUGAAACUUUUUUCUUGUAACAGUGUUUGAGCCAAUAUGUCUUUCAUGCAUUCCUGUCAAAGGGCAGAAAAAUACUAAAGAUUUUAGAAAAUAAAAUCAUCAUUUUAAAAUGA